AUCAUUCACAAGGUUUAUUUUAGAGUAGACUGAAUAUAUAUUUUUCAUAUCAAGUUUCAAAAUAUUUAAAAUGUGGGUUAAGACUUACGCUUCAAGGGGUAUAUAACCCAUAUUGUAAACAGUUCAACAAAAGCUGACAUAAAUUAGACGUUUUAUUUUUAUGGAUCAUAAAUUCACAAAUCUGGAUAUUUGAAAAGUUUAGGAUGUCUGUUUUUUAUUCAGUACAUAAGGACAGCUAUGUUGGUGAUACGGAAGAAUCAAAACCGCCGCCGGCGCCGCCGGGAACAGUCAAGAAGUCAACUAUGUAUAUCAUAGUAGCGCUUAGUGUUGUGGUCACGUCUAUGAUGUUUGCAAGCACCGUUACUGUUGUUUACCUCAUAGCUAAAGGGGAAAACAAAUCUUCCGGAGGAGGAAAUAAUGGCCCCGGAGGUCUGAUGAGACAUGUUACAGAGAGUGCGACCGGAAACACUGGUACUGCAGCGCCGCCUGCCAGCUCAACGCAAAGCCAAGGUCAAACAACUAGAGCGCCUGUGCAGAAUGAGGCCGGAAACCAGGUCAGUACUACUCGCUCUGGAACUGGAGCGCCACCUGUCAGCAAGGCACAAAGUCAAGGUCAAACAACUAGAGCUCCUUUGCAGACCACACCCUCACAAUCUCAGUCAGAUAGAUUCGAUUUGCCAAGUCCCGUUACAACAUUUACAAGAUGGGGUAAAACAGAAUGUACGCCCAACUCUGCAGUUUUAUACACUGGCUUCACCGCCGGCAGUCGCUAUAACUACCAUGGCGGAACUUCAAACGUUCUCUGUCUGCCAAAAGAGCCGCAGUUCAAUUCCUACUCGCCAGGUAUGUCAGGGAAUUACUUGUACGGGUCAGAAUACAAUGCCAGAAAUACUUAUUUAAGUGACAUAUUUGGAAAAGAGUUAAAUGAGCAGGAUGUUCCAUGCGCUGUCUGUGAAGUAACCGGAAGUUCAGCAAUGAUGGUCUUUCCGGCACGCACUGAAUGUUACAAUGGCUGGAAUAAACAAUACUCGGGUUACCUUAUGACGAGCCAUGAAGCGCACAAUAAGUCAAUGGACGUUGUUUGCAUAGAUUCAGAACCGGAAGCAAUUCAUGACUCGAGCGAUAACGAAAACGGGGCUUUGUUCUAUUUCGUGGAAACGAAUGGACAGUUGUUCAAGCACGGAUACUCGAAAGGUCGUGAAAUGACAUGUGUUGUCUGUACGAAAUGAUUUUAUGUGAUAACUAUUUACAUUGACUUAUUAUAUUAUCAAUGAAUAACUUUAUAUAUUAAUCAGAACAUGUUACUUUGUUGUUUUUUAAGUUUUUUGGCAUCUCGAAAUGACAGUGUACCGCUCAUCGACAACUUAACUUAAAAUGUUACUGUUUAGGCGGCAAGUGAUUCUGCCUUUGCGACCAGUGCAAACCAAGAUCAGCCUACACAUCCGUGCAGUCUGAUCAUGGUCUGCACUGUUCGCCAUUCAGUCAGUAUAUUUUUGGUAAACAUCCCUUUUUAACAGUUUAUGGUACUGUCCAGAUAGAAUGAUGGACUAGUCCAUUGUAGAAAUUUAGCAGGGUAAGGGUUAAAGUCAGAUGUCUUUUUCUUCAGGAAAAUAAUAUUAUGAUGUGUUAAUUUUGGACAUUUAUGUUGUAUGAAACAGUUCUUCCUAAUCCCAUUCCGUUUGUGUAAGCUUGACAGAAGAUAGACAUCUUUAGUCAUAAGCAUUAAACAUUGUUGUAUAGAUUAUGGAAAAUGUUUAAUACUCGAUCAAUACUAUUUAGCAUUUCAUUUGAGUAUGCCUUACUAGACACAAAGAAGCAUCAGACAAGCUACGGAAGUCCUUUUCACUCGAGAAACUGAUCUUGGAGGUUAUAAUUGAUGAAUUAGAAUUUAACGGCAGUAUGAUUAGCAAAACCGGGUCAAAGCACGACUAUUUAGAAACCAAAUGUGAUAGGAAAAAAAGGUUUCUCAGAGAAUAUAUGGCCCCAACUUUUCUAAUGAGUUUAUGACAGCGUCAAUAUGGGGAAAAGAUUUGUAAAAUAUAAAGGGCCUGACUAUGUGUGACAGCACUUCAAACAUAAUAAGACUGUGUAGGGAAUAAAAUUUAGUCUAUGUACAGCUUACAAUAGCAUGCGCUCUUCUAAACGUGUCAAAAUACACGAAAUGUACCCAAGGAAUAUGUAUGCAUUUAUAUAGAUUCAUCUUUUUUUCAGUUAGAGGUACGUGGUCGUCUUAAAACAUACGCUUUACUACUGACCCAUGUGGCAAAUACAAAUUAGGAGAGUCUUUUCAUACUGAACUUAUUAAACGAGUUGAAUAAAAUGAUCAAAUGCGAGGCUCUGUCGAGCAGUUUAUCAUAUUUAUUCGCUGAGUUUAAUAAAUUCAAUGUGGAAAGACCAAAAUGUAAUAUUCUUUUUAUCACAAAGUCAUGUUAGUUUUUUUUUUUUUUGUGAAACAUAUAAAAAUUCAAACUUUCUUUACCUGUUAUAAACCAAGUCAACUCAACCAACGUCUCCUGCGCUAGAAAGACGUCAGUGUGAAAAUGUUACAUUGUUGUAAAACCAAACAAAAAAAUGACAUGGCUUUAUUUUCACUUCCAUGAAAUCAAACAUGUGAUAAACAUAUCUACAAUUAUACAGAAGUCCUUUCAGCCUUAAGAUCAAAUCAUUGUAUAUUUUGGCUAUUGCUCUAUUGUUCUAAUAACAACUGCAUUGCUUCAGCCUAACAGAUAUGCAAUGAAUAAAAUUGCCUAUUGCUUGUCACGUCAGUGGAAGAAACCUUUUCCCUCUGGCAGUUGUACUGUUCUGCCUGAUAUUGCUGGUAAUGCUGUCCAAUGAAUGCUGGCUCAGAAACAAGAUUUUUUAAUUAUUCUUCAUUGCUUAAAAUUUAAUACUUCAUUUCAGUCAUCUUUUAUUUAUACUAUUCAAUACAAUAAGUAUAUUUGAGUCGUGCCUUUUCUGAUACAUAAAAUACAUAUAGCAUGAUACAAACCAUAAAAAUAUUUCCAAAAGAAAUAUAAAUAUGAGAGACUGUUCAGACUGACAGAAGGACGACUUUUUGUAAAAUAAAAGGGAAGGUAUUCUACCAUAAUUAUAUAAUGAUACGAAAUGUGUAACAGUAGCCUCCCUGGUAUAAGUGCAUAAUUAAAUACACUAGCAGAUAGUCGGUUCCGCAAUUUUGUUUGUUAAGAUUUUUUUAUAUUUAACGUUAACAUUUCCUUCUAUGCCGUCAGCUGAUAAAUAGUAAAAAGAAGAAGUUCA